AUGAAAAGACUUUACCUGACUUCUCAGGAAAUUCCACCUCUCCAGAAAAAAACGUGGGCUGAUAAAGCUCCGCCCCUAUUAAGCAAGCAGGAUCAAGUGGGUGGGGCCGGAAGUAGACAACAGUCAUUUCCGGUUCAGUGUGCUGUGGAGUCCAGGAUAAAGCCUUCAAAGAAAGGAAUACAAGGAACCAGCGGUUUCAAGGUGAAUAUAUGGGCACUCUUCCCCCCAAACAGAGGCAGCCCCACAGAGACCCACCCUGUUAGCAAACUAGACUACACCCUUGAUGGAACAAUGGGUGAUGAAGAGAACAUGCCAAAAAUGGGUCUCCUAAUGAUUGUACUGGGUGUGAUCUUCAUGAAAGGCAACUGUGCCUCUGAAGAGGAGAUCUGGAAGGUGCUGAAUAUGAUGGGUGUAUAUGCUGAUAGGAAGCACUUCAUCUAUGGGGAACCCAGGAAGGUCAUCACUGAAGAUUUGAUGCAGCUAAAGUAUCUGGAGUCCCAGCAGGUCCCCAACAGUGACCCUCCAUGUUAUGAAUUCAUGUGGGGACCAAGAGCCAAUGCUGAAACCAGCAAGAUGAAAAUCCUAGAGUUUUUGGCCAGAAUCCAUGAUACUACCCCCAAUGCCUUCCCAUCCUGGUAUGAAGAAGCUUUGAAAGAUGAGGAAGAGAGAGCUCAAGCCAGAGUUGCAGCAUGGGCUCGCAAUACUGCUAUGGCCAAUUCACAUUCCAGGGCCAGGGAAAGGGCCAGCAGUUUCUCCCAUGCUAAAUGA